UCAGUCAUCCAAACAGAUGAAUUUGAAAAAUGUUUCCAAGAAUGGAAUCGCAGAUUUGACAAAUGUAUGAACUGCGAUGGAGAGUACACUGAAGCCUACAGGUCCUGGACUCUGGACCCUCCAGCAGCCAGAGAAUCACUUGAAGGAAGAGUACUGUGACACUAACGAUGGCAAGAAGCAGUCACAGAAAAACAGUUGCAGCAGAACCAGCGGAUGAAAGAGCGGUAUCACUGGCGUUCAACGAUGUGGCUGUGGAGUUCUCCCAGGAGGAGUGGCAGCUCCUGGACCCUGCCCAAAAGAGCUUGUACCGGGAAGUGAUGUUGGAGAACUAUCGCCACCUGGUGUCUACCGGGUAUCAAGUUGCCAAACCAGAUGCAGUUUCCAGGCUGGAAAGAGGAGAGCCCCCAUGGAGUAUAAUAGAUGGAAUCAAUAUUCCAAGCUUGUCAGAAAUCCAGAGCGUUGUUGAGCAUCUGCCUAGGCACAAGCAAUAUGAUAGCAGAGUGAACAGAAUGGAACAAUGCAUUGAACAUAAAGCCUGUGAAAAUAUUUCUUCUCAGUACAAAAGUCAUAUUCCUUUAAGGCAGAACCUUGGCGUAUUUGACUUAGAUGAAAAAUCUGUGAAAACAAAUUUAACGUUAAUUAACAAGAACAGAAGCUAUGAAGUAAAGAACUCUGCUGCGUUUAAUAGAGAUGAGAAAACCUUUCUUCAUACUAAUCAUGAUCCAUUUCAUCCUGAAAUAAAAUUCCUUGAGAGUGGAAAAUCCAGUAGCACUCAAUCUCAACUUGUUAAGCAUCACAACAUUCACAAAAUAAAGAAACCACAUGUAUGCAGUGAGUGUGGGAAAACCUUCACCAGGAAUUCUUGGCUCAUGAAUCACCAGAUCACUCAUACAGGAGUGAAACCUCAUAGAUGUUCUUUGUGUGGGGAAGCCUUCUCCAGACAGUUUCAGCUCACUCAACAUCUUCGGAGGACACACAGAGGGGAAAAACCUUUUCAAUGCACAGAAUGUGGGAAAGCCUUUCUCAAGAAAUCACGGCUCAAUAUGCAUCAGCGAACUCAUUCUGGAGAAAAACCCUACAAAUGUAGUGAAUGUGGAAAAGGCUUCAUCCAUAAAGGAAACCUCAUUAUUCAUCAGCGAAUUCAUGCUGGAGACAGGCCCUAUACAUGUGGAGAAUGUGGAAAAGUCUUCAUGCGCAGAGGAAACCUCAUUACUCAUCAGCGAAGUCAUUCUGGAGAAAAACCCUACAUAUGCAUUGAAUGUGAGAAAGGCUUCAUAAAAAAGGGAGAGUUCAUCAUUCAUCAGCAGAGUCAUACUGGAGAGAAACCCUUUGUAUGUAGUGAAUGUGGAAAAGGCUUCAGUCAGAAAGGGAAUCUUAUUAUUCAUCAACGAAUUCAUACAGGAGAGAAACCCUAUUCGUGCAGUGAAUGUGGAAUAGGUUUUAUCCGGAAGCAGUAUCUCCUUAUGCAUCAACGAAUUCAUAGUAGAGAGAAGCCACACAUAUGCACUGAAUGUGGGAAAGGUUUCCUACAAAAGAGAGAUUAUGUUAUUCACCAGCGAACUCAUACUGGAGAGAAACUCUACAUAUGCAAUGAGUGUGGCAAAGCCUUCACCAGGAAGAGAAACCUCACUAUUCAUCAGCAAAUUCAUACUGGAGAGAAACCUUAUGAAUGUGGUGAAUGCGGGAAAAGCUUCAUCCAGAAGGGGAGUCUCAUUAUUCACCAGCGAAUUCAUACUGGAGAGAAACCCUACAUAUGUAGCGAGUGUGGAAAAGGUUUCAUCCAUAAAGGAAAUCUUCUUAUUCAUCAGCGAACUCAUGCUGGGGAGAAGUCAAAUAUAUGUGGUGAGUGUGGGAAAGGCUUCAAAAAAAAGUCACAUCUCAUAGCACAUGAGAGAUUCCACGUAGGGAUGGCUCCCUUUGCCUGCAAUGUCUGUGGACAAUCUUAUUCCCUGAGGUCAAGUCUCGUUGAACAUCAGAAAAGUCACACAGAAGGAAAACCCUUUCAAAGCAAUGGUUGUGAAAAGACAUUCCCUUGUGUGUUUAGCCUUGUUCCACAAAACACAAAAGAUAAAUGUGUAGAUUCAAGUACAGUGAAAGACUCUUCCACAGUGAAUCACAGGUCAUCAAAUACUAGUGAUCUCAAGCAGAUCAAAAGUACUAUUAAUAUGCUAACUAUGCAAGUCCCUCCUGUGGUAGCUCAGACUUCAUUGAACAUGCAUGGGCUUUUACCAAAUAGGAACAUGAUCCUUAUGGGACAGCCCAUUGCCAAAAGUGAGCCAUCAGGAGAGAACAGAGAAAUACAACAGAGGAAUCUUUUGCAUACAGUGAAUGUGGUACUGCCUAUGAAUGCGGUCAGUGUGCUAGUGCCUUCAGGGACCCAUUACAUCUUCUUUUAUGUCCCACAAAACCCAUAAUCUAAGCUUAGAUACAUGCACAGGGCUUGUGAUUCAAACUACUUUCUACUUCAUUUUGUAACUACAAAGUGUUUUAUCAGCAAUCAUAUAAAGGAACUGAGUAUGUCUGGUAUGCUCAUUGUACAUACGUGCAGUGAUACUGAGAUAUAAUCUGAUGUUAAACCAAAUGCAUACACAUUGAUUGCUCUUUUGUAUCAAUUAAAUGAAUGAAAAUCUGAGUUCAUGCCAGUGGAUGAAAUAAGUACUGUGAAUUUUUGAAACAAAAAAGACCAGUAUCAGGAAUAUGGCUGUUUUAUACUUCUGUCAAGUUGUUUCACAUGUGCGCCAAAUAAAAUAUCACUUAAGAGA